CACUGCAGUAUCUCCAGCCAAACCAACAUCAAACAAGUGGUGACGUCAACGCCAUGAACAAACAGACCUAGAGAAGGUAGAUCCAGACCUAUGGUAGGCCCAAAAGCUACUUCUAGCAUCUAUCUACAUGCAUCCCAUGCGCGAUGGGCCUGGAAAGCUCCCAAUGCAGCAAUAUCAUCAUGAUCCACAAAUGGCAUCAUGACGUCUCUUCUUGUCUAACUCACCAAGCACUGAGCUGAAAGCAGUCCCCCUUCACAUGCCACUCCUCCGUCGGGAUCCUUUUUAUGAAGCCAUUCCCGCUCUUCUCUUUUGAGGAUUAUUCUAUCUCACCAACCCGACAUACUUCCUCUUUGAUACCCAAUCCCCCCCAAUCUCCAGUCUCUAUUACUGAAAUAAUCAUAAUCAUCUUUUUUUAAGACAACACACCUAUACAAACAAACACUCGUAUAGUCACACUUGGUUGAGAACCAUACCACCGUCGCGAUGGUGUCUCAAGUUGUCAAUCGCCCAACUAAUAAGACGAUGAAGGAGAAGGACAUCAAUCAGAAGCUGCAAUUAUACGGAAUCCUCACUGCUUUCCAAAAUGGCAAGGUCCCAUCGAACGACCAGAUUGAUGUCGCACUCAACAGCUUCAUGAACAAGGAUUUCAUGAGGAACCCGUCCAACAAGCUCUCUCCAGAAGGACAGGCCUUGGUCCAGGAUUUCCGUAAGGUGGUUGAGCAGGCCAAGAACCUCAUCCUCACCAAGAACAAUGGUAAUCUGCUUCAGGACUUUGUCUGGCAGACACAGAACCUAGAUGUCAAUGCCAAGGCACCCGGUGCGCCAGUCGAUAGGGACUCGGCGAAGCAGCACGGCAACGAGGUUGCAGAGGGUCUUCGAACCCUGGGAACGCUACUCAUCUCCAACGGACAGUUCCGUAAGCUCUUAAGCGAUGCGACCGUUCUCCUCCGUGAGAUGGCCGGCGACGCAGCUACCAAGACUGCCGGCAAGGUUGCCCCAUCCCAAGAGCAGCUCGACCAGAUUGACCAACCUGCUGCGGACAACACCUGGCAUGAGACGCCCAACUUGUCGGCUAGCGAACUCAAGGGCCAGUUUAAGUCGGCGGUUAACAAGAACAAGCCUCUUUCCAAGCAGGAUGUUCAAGAGGCUGCUGGUAACGCUGCACAGGCUGCACACCCCGGCGGGUCUCGCGAUCCGGAAGAUGUCGCGAGACUCGCCGCUCACGAUCGCCAGCAGGGCGACUACUCUGGCGUUGAUGCUACUUCGGGAGCUCAGCAGGGUGUGGACACACUGCGCAACCGCGCCUCUGAGAACAUUCCCGACGAGACAAAGGACAGGGCUCGCCAGACAAAGGAGAAGACGAGGCAAUACCUCCAAUCCAAGAUGCCCGAGGAGCGCCGCGAGCAGACCAUCUGGAGAAUGAAAAAGAUGAUUGUUGAGAUCCAGGGACACCCUGACUACAACGCUGCCAUCAACACUCUGCUCACUCUUGCUGAGACCUACGCUGGUCACGCCAGCACCGUCGGCCAGCAUGCAGCCGGCACCGCCAAGGGCGUUCACUCGAACAACACCCUCAAGGACGCCGAGGCUGACCUCAAGGAGCUCAUCGAGCGCUUCGCCAACUACACUUCCACGGAUGAACUUUUCGAGUCCAUCAAUGCCAUCUACAGGAACGCGGACCGCGAUCCCGAGCUCAAAAACUGGUUCAGGAGCAUGGACAGGUACGUCCGCAAGUGCCUCCAGCAGCAGGGCUACGUCCUCGAGGACGCCGCCACCCGUGAGUGGAACCAGCUGCACGACCAGGGCAACUUCCUCCUGCGUGACCGCUACAAGAACCACACCGACCGCGUGCUCGACGAGAUCAAGUUCCUCGCGGACCAGUUCGAGAACGACAAGAUGAACAAGCAGUUCGCCCAGUCAUGCCAGAAGCUCUUCAACAACCUAGGCAACGACGAGAACGGCAAGCCGACCUUCAAGCCCCACCUCGUCAAGGACCUGAGCGAGGUCAUCAUCCCCGGGAUCUUCGAGAACGUCCGCUACAUCCCGAUCCCGCGCAUCGAGUACUCCGACCCCAUGAUCGACGUCGUCAUCGAGAACCUGAUCAUCGAGAGCGACAACCUCAUGCCCAACGCCGUCGAGUUCGCCAGCGACAACUACUUCCGCUGGGGCCGCAAGGGCAUCGCCAACCGCAACAAGAACGCGGUUAUGAUCUCGGUGACGGGCGUGCAGAUGGAUCUCCGCGACGUCAGCUUCUACGUGAAGAAGAAGUCCGGCUUCCCUUCCCUCUCCGACAUCGGUAUCGCUGACAUCCUCCUCCACGGCACGGGCUUCAGCUUCAAGCUGCGCGUCUCGACCGCCGACCCGACGGACCGCCAGAACUUCUUCAAGGUCGACCGCGUCGAUGUCGACGUGCAGAACUUCGACAUCAAGCUCAAAAAGUCAGAGCACAAGCUCCUCUUCCGCCUCGUCAAGCCCAUCAUGCUCAAGAUCAUGCGUCCCGCGCUGCAAAAGAUCCUCGGGAAGCUCAUCAAGGACAAAUUCAACGAGCUCGACCAGAUGGCCUUCUCCAUCAAGCAGGAAGCCGACAAGGCCGCGCAGGAAGCUAAGAGCGACCCCAGCCAGGCCCAGAACAUCUACCGGCGCUACGCUACCGCCGCGCAGAACAAGUUUAGCAAGGGCAAGAAGAAGACGGAAGCUGCGACGGCUGACAAGAAGACGAACUUGGCAGUGACACAGCAUGAUUCCAUCUUCCCCAACGUCCACCUCCCCGGUGGCAUCUCCACCAAGGCAACGGAGUACCGCGACCUCGCCACCAAGGGCGUCAAAUGGGAAAGCCCAAUCUUCAGCAUCGGCUCAGCAGGCCGCACCACCUCCCUCCCCGGCCUCGGUAAAGUAAGCCACCGCCAGAACCAGACCACGCAAGGCGGGCUCCGCGACCGCGAUGAGGUCCUCGGCGCUGGCGCUGUUGGUGCGGGCGUCGGUGGUGUGGGGGGGGCUACAGCUGCUCACUACCUCCAGACUGAGCCGGCGUACGUGCCUGUCACCACCACUGCUGUGCCAGUAACGACGACGGAGGUGCCGAAUGGAGCGACGUUUGGGAAGCAGGCGGAUCAGGCGUUUAAUGAGGCGGAGGGGACGUAUUCGUCCACGGGGACGUUGUUGGGGAGGGGGAACCCGUUGUUAGCGGGGUUGGCGCCGGCGGACAAGUUUUAAAAGGGGGGGGUUGAUCUCGCCUGAAGUUGUUUUGUUGUCUAUGAUACCACGUGUGCUGGGGAGGUAAUGGUGGAUAGAAAAUUGUCGUGGAUAUAAUUUAAAUUAUUGAAAACCAACUCAACUCAUUAAAUCAGAUAAUUAUUCUGAAACAGUGUUCGGCGGAUCGUAUCCGGAUCUGAUCCUGAGCCCUCACGGGUAAGAUCAUGAUCCGUCUGAGGUCUGACGGAUAGAUAGGGGUUAUAUCCGGAUCUUCAGGAUAAUGAGGCUUAAAAUAUAAAAAUAUAACGUACAUGUAUAGCGAAA